AAACGGGGGCGUAGGCUGACGAUCCUGGCUUGCGGGAGCGUCUCCCGCGCUGCGGGCCGGGGCCGCGAUCUCCCUCCUGGCCUUCCGGGCUUUCUUGCCAGCCGGGCCGGAAGGGACGGUGCCCCUACAGCCCUGUGUUCGCAGGCUCCAGGCCCGAGCGGUUCAGGCUCAUUGGGGUCCCCCUUCCGUCCUCCGGCGCGGGAAGAAGGUCUUGUCACCCACCGUGAGCUGGAGUACCGACGACUCGGACCUCAGCCCCAGGCUUCUGCUUAGGAGAACCAAACCCGGGACAGACCUGAGCGCACAUCCUGUUAGGAUAGAGGGUGGCGCCUGGAGGCGCCAGGUGCGGGGAAUACAGUGAGGAGGGUGUUGCCGCCCCGAAGACUGACAGGUGGUGGGAACCUAAGCAGGAGGUGGCGAGGAGUACGCGAGAGCGAUGGCCAGUGUGGCUGCUCGCACUUGGUAGAUGGGGCUUGGAUCUGGAGCCGAAGCUGAGAGCGUACGUGGUUAAGAAGGUGGUGCCUCGAUAAAAUCGGGAGCCCUCGCGCGAGGAGGAGGAAUUUUGUGGAACUUGGGAUGUAUCGGGUUUGCGACGGUGGUUUAGGCAGGGAUGGUAGAAGGAUAACAGGAAGAAAGCAUGGGGAGUGAGCCGGAAGGAGACGUCCAAGAAAAUGAUCCACAGUCUAUUUCUCAUAAACUGUUCCGGUGACAUAUUUCUAGAGAAGCACUGGAAGAGUGUUGUGAGCCAAUCUGUCUGUGAUUACUUCUUUGAAGCUCAAGAGAAAGCUGCUGAUGUUGAAAAUGUACCACCUGUCAUUUCAACACCUCACCACUACCUCAUCAGUAUCUAUAGGGAUAAGCUCUUCUUUGUGUCUGUCAUACAGACUGAAGUGCCACCUCUCUUUGUAAUUGAAUUCCUACAUCGAGUUGCUGACACUUUUCAGGACUACUUUGGUGAGUGUUCAGAGGCUGCAAUUAAGGAUAAUGUGGUCAUAGUGUAUGAGCUCUUGGAAGAAAUGUUAGACAAUGGAUUUCCACUGGCUACUGAAUCUAAUAUUUUGAAAGAACUGAUUAAACCACCAACAAUUCUCCGUUCUGUCGUCAACUCUAUUACAGGCAGUAGUAAUGUUGGGGACACACUCCCCACUGGGCAGCUGUCCAACAUCCCAUGGCGCCGGGCAGGAGUAAAGUACACAAAUAAUGAAGCCUAUUUUGAUGUCGUUGAAGAAAUAGAUGCAAUUAUAGAUAAAUCAGGAUCUACAGUCUUUGCAGAAAUUCAGGGGGUCAUUGAUGCUUGCAUUAAGUUAUCCGGAAUGCCUGACCUUUCCCUUUCUUUCAUGAACCCCAGGCUGCUAGAUGAUGUCAGCUUCCACCCCUGCAUCCGGUUCAAACGUUGGGAAUCUGAAAGAGUUUUGUCAUUUAUUCCUCCAGAUGGAAAUUUCCGACUCAUAUCAUAUCGGGUCAGCUCACAAAAUCUAGUGGCAAUACCAGUGUAUGUGAAACAUAGCAUCAGCUUUAAGGAGAACAGUUCUUGUGGCAGAUUUGAUAUUACAAUUGGACCAAAGCAGAAUAUGGGAAAAACUAUUGAAGGAAUCACAGUGACAGUUCACAUGCCAAAAGUUGUGCUGAAUAUGAACCUGACGCCGACACAAGGCAGCUAUACAUUUGAUCCAGUUACCAAGGUACUAACAUGGGAUGUGGGGAAAAUUACUCCACAAAAGCUCCCAAGUCUUAAAGGACUGGUGAAUUUACAGUCUGGAGCACCCAAGCCAGAAGAAAAUCCAAGCCUCAACAUACAGUUCAAGAUCCAGCAGCUUGCUAUUUCAGGCUUAAAAGUAAACCGCUUGGACAUGUAUGGGGAGAAAUACAAGCCAUUUAAAGGAGUCAAAUACGUCACAAAAGCUGGAAAGUUCCAAGUGAGGACAUGAGAAGAGGCCAAAAUCCUUCAAGAUCUGUUUGUUUUCUCAGUGUCAUUAUAGUUUAUUACUAUGAGGUACCAAGUGGGUGGGAAUACUUAUUCUAGUUAAAGCAUUUGUGUGAGCUACACGCCGCUAACAGAGUUGCUUAGUGCUCCAUGUAGGGUUCUUAAGGAGCUUUAAGCUAAGGUAAUUUUUUAAUAACUUAGCUUGUUUUGUAUCUCUUACUUAGGAAGAUUUUGGGGGUGAUUUUCUCCAUAGGGGGCACCAGCUGGAGGUUGCACAUUGUAACAGUAAAGGCAGAAGGCUACAGUGAUAACCUCUCUCCUAAAACAAGUGAACUGAUCUCAGCCAGCAGCUGUCUUCAUCUGUAAUGUGAUGUGUCAAGUGCAGCCAAAUAUCACACCUGAUCUUAGCCAUCCCAAAUCAGCAUCUGUUCCAAGAGGAAAUUCCCUCCACCCCAAGAAGUUUACAAAAAAAACUGCCUCUUCAAGUGUUUGCCUUAUUCAGCUUUUCACUUGUGCCAUUAAGCAAGCACUGUAGCAGAAGCCACCUCCACAUGCCCUGGCAAGGAGCACUGCUGCUCCACGCUCCAUUCUCACUGUACUUGGUAUUGUAUUUUUUAUAAAUAAGAUUUCUAUGUAAAGCGCAGAUUUUAAUUUACAGAGACCUUGCUGCAGUAAGUACCAUCUCAGUUUUGCACCAUUGGUUUAGCUGUUAGCACAGUAAAAAUCAUUUGUAUGAAAGGGGCAAAUGCUUUAUUAAGGUAAUAUAAGGGAACACUACUGCUUUUAGGAAAUUAUUGCAAGCACAAGUGUUUGAGAUUUUAAAUAAAUUAAAGUAGUAAAAUAAGAAUGUAAGUGAACCUUUGCCAUCUUCAUGUUUUAUAAAGCUUAUCCAACACCAAUUAAACCAUAGUUAGCCUAAAGGCCUCAUGCUGUAGAUCAGCAAAAGGAGGAAAAUAUGCCUGCCUCACUAUGGUCUUUCAUCUUUUUAUUUUUACUUUUUUUAUUUAUUGAAGUGACAUUGGUUAAUAAAUUUAUAUAGGUUUCAGGUGCACAAUUCUAUAAUUACAUCAUCUGUAUAUUGUAUAUUGUAUUGUAUGUUCAUCACCCCAAGUCACAUCUCCUUCCAUCACCAUUUAUUCCCUCUAAACCUUCUUCUUCCUUCCCACACCCCCCUUUCCCUUUGGAAAUAACCAUACUGUUGUCUGUGUCUAUGUGUUGUUGUUCUUAAAGGGUUGAAUUUGCCUGUGUCCCUUGUCUUCAAGGGGAACUCCCUUUUCAUAUUGUGUGUUUCUCAAAGCUAUAGUAAAUAGCUUCCGUCCUGAAA